AAACUAUUAAAAAUAAAGAAUCAAAACAAAUCACUUUAUUAAAUGAUGUGAAAAUAUUAUUUCAUGUAAAAUCAAUCUUUAGUAUGAUAUGUGAUCAAAUUGCAAACUUAACUAUUUCUGGCAAUAAAUUACUAACUACAUUAGGAGUUAAAAGUUCUUCUCCAAGCUACUUAGAUGAUGUUCAGUUAAAAUUGCUGUCUGAAUCUGAACCAGAUUUUUUACAAUCAUUUCUUAUAAAUAGUGAUAUUUUCUAUGGAACGUUGAACAAAUGUACAGAUAUUCAUGCACUCAUACUUAUGAUGAAUAUAUUUUCUAGGAUUAAGAUAUUACCAUUGAAUCAAACAACAGCUGAUGUUAUAUCUUUGAUUUGUAAUUCCAAAUAUUUUGAAAAUUUAAAUAAUGCCCUUGUUAAAUAUCACAUUAUUCAAGAUGUAGUUAGUCUAAUACAAUUACAAGAAUUUCUUAAUAAUUGCAUAGAUUUAAAUCAAUAUAUCAUCAACCCAGAAUCAAAAAAUAUCUUAAAUGAUAUUGUUUUAAUAACUUUUACUAAACUAAAUAAUAAAAAUGUAAAACUCAAUAUAGAUAGUCAAUAUGAAACAGAAAUAAUUCCCCAAGUAAAUUUGGACGAAAUAAAAAUUACUAAUAAAGUACAGUAUGGUGAAAGUAAAUGGCCUCUGUGUUACAAAACGCUUUCAAUAUAUCCUAUACCAGCAGAUUUGGUUCCUAAAAAGGUCUUCUUAAAUCCAAAUAUCAUGAAAGGUAGAUAUGAUAGUGUAGAGCAUUAUUUAGAUGUACAAUUCCGAUUACUACGUGAAGAUUUUAUUGCUCCCAUGAGAGAAGGUAUCCAAUGUUAUAAAUCAAUGAAAGAAAAAGGUAUGGAAAUUAUAAAUAUUCCAAACAUGCAUACUUAUUAUGAAUCAAAAAUUGUUAAAGACGAGAAGAUUUUUCCCAUGAGAUCAUAUAUCAUAGAUGCUAAAACUAAUCCUAGAGUCCCUGCUUACUUAAUACCUCAUUCAAAAUAUUUUAAAAUUGAUGGAAAGAUAUUUGACAUUUUAGAUGACUAUCAAUGGCCAGAUAAUCAAUCAUUAGGCCUAGACUAUGCUCAAUGUUUGGCUUUUAAAGCUGCUCUUACCAAAGAAUUUACAGUUAUUCAAGGGCCUCCUGGUACUGGAAAAACAUUUAUUGGUGUAAGAAUUGUCAAAAGUAUUAUAGAAAACAUGUACAGGACAAAUAUAUUGAAAAAUCCAAUUAUAGUCGUUUGUUACACAAAUCAUGCUUUAGAUCAAUUUCUUGAAGGAUUAUUAAGUAUUACAAACAAAAUUGUAAGAAUUGGAGGGAGCUCUAAGUCUGAUUUAUUAAAAACAAAUAGUUUAAAAAAUCAUCAAACAUCUAGCAUAGAAUUUUUAAAAAAAUCUUUUGUAAUUGGACUUACUACUACUGGAGUUGCCAUGAAACAUUCUAUUUUAUUAAAAUUGAAGUCUCCAAUUGUUAUUGUCGAAGAAGCGGCUGAAGUUUUAGAAUCACAUGUUGUUAUUUCACUGACCGAACAUUGUCAACAUGUUAUUCUAAUAGGAGAUCACAAACAAUUACGUCCUCGAACUGCAACAUUUACACUUGCAAAGCAAUUUCAUUUUGAUAUUUCAUUAUUUGAACGUU